AAAAGGAUUAUCCUAGUUAAGGAUUUUCAUAGUUAAAAAGUAUAAUAUAUGUGGCUUAGUCAAAAAACUAGGACAAUAAGUCGUUGUUUGGACGUAUAAAUUAUUAGUUAUCUUCAUUUUUAUGGUUGAGAUAAUGACUACAAAUAAAGAUAUAGUUCAUAUUGAACUGACGCAAAUCAUAUCACUUUUUUAUCCAUAAAGAUGUAGAAAGUCAUGAGUUUUUAUUUCUAAUCAGGAUUAUCGAUCGUCGCUAGAAUUUCUUAUAAUUUUAAACGCUGGUCAAUAGACCACUUGCAAAAAUGGUAUACACCAUACUGAAUUUGGUUAUCUAUAAAAAUAUAUGCAACAUUACAAGUAUUACAUACUAAUCCUAACUCUGAUUAGAGAAUGAAGAAAUCACCCAUGCUAUUCUUAUUUUCAACCUUUCAGUUCAUAAAGCUUCUUACAAUAUGUUUUGGUGCAUUCAUAAUAGCCUCUUCUACUCAUGUUGUUGAUUCUUCAAUGACUAUUUCAUCUUCUUCAACCAUGAGUAUAAGAAUUAGAGAAGCAAGUUCAUUGUUGAAGUGGAAAAGCAACCUUGAAAUUGAAAGCCAAACUUUGUUAUCUUCAUGGACAGGCAACAAUUCAUGCAACUGGCUAGGAAUUACAUGUGAUGAAGAUUACAAAUUUGUGUCCAAUAUAAAUCUCACAAAUAUGAGAUUAAGAGGUACACUUGAAACUCUUAACUUCUCAUCACUUUCAAAUAUCAUCACUCUUAAUCUUAGUAACAACUUCUUGAAUGGAAGUAUUCCUCCCGAUGUCGGGGCGUUGUACAAACUAUACCAUCUUGAUCUCAGUAACAAUGAUCUCACAGGAACAAUCCCAUAUGAAAUAACAAAGUUGACCAAUCUUCAUGUUUUAUAUUUAGAUAACAAUGUUUUCAAUGGUUUCAUUCCUAAUGAAAUAGGUGCAUUAAGAAAUCUAAGAGAACUUAGUAUUUCGUAUGCGAAUUUCACAGGGACUAUUCCAAUUUCGAUCGGGAACUUAGCCUUCUUGUCACACUUGAAUCUAGGAGGUAACAACCUUAUAGGAAACAUACCAAAAGAAAUUUGGAAUUUGAGCAAGUUAAAGUACUUAGCAGCUGAAAAAAACAAAUUCAAUGGUUCUAUAAUUGCUAAAGAUAUUGUGAAUUUGCAUAAGCUAGAAACUCUAGAUCUCAGCAAUAGCGAUCUUUCCAUUAAUGGUCCUAUCCUAGAAGACUUGUGGAAGUUGGAAAAUUUGACAUACCUUUCUCUUUCACUUUGCAAAGUCAUAGGACAUAUCCCAUUUUCUAUAGGAAAGUUGGAUAACUUAUUGUAUCUAAAUUUAGCAAAUAACCGAAUUUAUGGCCACAUUCCUAAGGAAAUUGGGAAAUUGAUCAACAUGAAACAUUUAAGGCUUAAUGAUAAUAGUCUUUCUGGUUUCAUACCUCAUGAAAUUGGAAUGAUGAGAAACUUGGUUGAAAUCAAUUUGUCUAAUAACUCUUUAUCAGGUAAAAUCCCACAUACAAUUGGAAACUUAAGCAAGUUACAAAAUCUUACCAUAUUUACAAACCAUCUCAGUGGGCCACUUCCUACAGAAAUCAACAUGCUUUUCAAUUUGGCAUAUUUCUUUAUAUUUGAUAACGAUUUCAUUGGUCAACUCCCACAUAAUAUUUGCAUUGGUGGAAAGUUGAAAUACUUUGCUGUUUUGAAAAACAACUUCACUGGUCCUGUUCCGAUGAGUUUGAAGAAUUGCUCUAGCAUUGUAAGAAUUAGGCUUGAACAAAACCAACUUUCUGGAAAUAUUACAAAUUACUUUGGUGUGUAUCCAAAUUUGUACUAUAUGCAAUUAAGUGGAAAUAAGUUUUAUGGCCACAUUUCACCCGACUGGGGAAAAUGUCGAAGCUUGGCGAUCCUUAAUAUCUCUGAUAAUAACAUAUCAGGUGGUAUACCUCCAGAACUAGGCGAGGCAACCAACUUAUAUUCACUUGACCUAUCUUCGAACUACCUCACCGGAAAAAUUCCGAAGGAGUUAGGCAACUUGAGUUCAUUGUCCAAACUCUUGAUAAGUAACAACCGUCUUUCAGGAAACGUUCCUUUAGAAAUAACAUCACUAAAGGAACUUGAGACGUUAAAUCUUGCGGGAAAUGAUCUAAGUGGCUAUGUCACAAAACAACUUGGAUAUUUUCCUAGACUAUUGAACAUGAAUUUGAGCCAUAACAAAUUUAUAGGAAAUAUUCCUGUUGAGUUUGGCCAAUUUAAAGUCAUUCAAAGUCUUGAUCUCAGUGGGAAUUUUUUCGAUGGGACAAUACCGUUAACACUUGCACAACUGAUAUACUUAGAGUCAUUGAAUAUAUCACAUAACAACCUUUUUGGAUUUAUUCCCUCAAACUUUGAUCAGAUGCUCAGCUUGUUAUCUGUUGACAUAUCAUUUAAUCAAUUCGAGGGUCCGAUUCCAAACAUUCCGGCUUUCCAAAAAGCCACCAUUGAAGUUUUCAUAAAUAACAAAAGAUUGUGUGGUAAUGUCUCUGGCUUAGAGCCUUGCGCAACAUCAAGCGGUACUCGAUCUCAUAAUCGUAAGAUCAAUAAAGUCUUAUUGAUAAUUUUACCCCUUGCAAUUGGAACUCUAAUACUAGCAUUAGUUUGUUUCAAAUUCUCGAAUCAUCUCUGCAAAACUUCAACCACAAGAGAAUAUUUAGCUCGAGGGAACGUUAUUGAUACUCAAAACCUAUUUACCAUAUGGAGUUUUGAUGGAAAAAUGGUGUAUGAGAAUAUUAUUGAAGCCACAGAAGAUUUCGAUGAUAAACAUCUCAUCGGAGUUGGAGGUCAUGGAAGUGUUUACAAAGCGGAAUUAGACACAGGUCAAGUAGUUGCUGUGAAAAAACUCCAUUCAGUAGUAGAUGAAGAAAAUUCCAACCUAAAAUCUUUCACAAGUGAGAUCCAAGCUCUGACAGAGAUUAGACACCGUAACAUUGUAAAGCUACAUGGAUUUUGUUUGCAUUCUCGAGCCUCGUUUUUGGUCUACGAAUUCAUGGAAAAAGGAAGUCUAGAUAACAUUUUAAAAGAUGAUGAUCAAGCAAUAGCAUUUGAUUGGAAUAAAAGAGUGAAUAUCAUUAAAGAUAUAGCUAAUGCCUUAUGUUAUAUGCAUCAUCAUUGCUCGCCUCCAAUUGUUCAUCGAGAUAUAUCAAGCAAGAAUAUACUUCUAAAUUUAGAAUAUGUGGCUCAUGUCUCUGACUUCGGAAUUGCUAAGCUUCUUAAUCCUAACUCAACCAACUGGUCCUCAUAUGCAGGAACCUUUGGAUAUGCUGCUCCAGAAUAUGCAUACACAAUGAAAGUGAAUGAGAAAUGUGACGUGUAUAGUUUCGGAGUGUUAGCAUUGGAAAUACUUUUUGGAAAACACCCUGGAGGAUUUAUAUAUCAUUCCUUACUAUCACCUUUGUGGAAAAUUAUGAGCAACAUACUUGAUGAUAUGUCGCUGGCGGAUAAGUUGGAUAAACGUCUCCCUCAGCCUUCGAAUCCUUUUGUUAACGAGUUAGUAUCGAUUGCAAGGAUAGCUAUUGUCUGCUUAACUGAAAGGUCACAAUCUCGCCCUAGUAUGGAGCAGGUCACCAAAGAACUUGGAAAUGUCAUAUUUGUCUUCAAUGGUUUAGGUUCAUAUUAUCAAACAGAAACACACAAAUAGCUUAGAGAAUAAAUUUACCAAACAUGCUUGAGUUCUACAUGUUCUUUCUUGUUUUGUACAUUUGUAAACUAUUUUAACUUCUAUUGUAUGGAAUCUGACGGCUGAACAUAUAGUGUGACGUUUCUAUCAACUGAGCU